ACUAUGGUCGAUGUUGUGCCGUUUGUUCGAAGCGCUUUACACUUGGUUGCGACUCGCGAGUUGAGUGCCACACUGCCACUGGUACGGCACAUACCCGACCAAGGUUUAAAUUAUACUUAUCCAGAACUCAGUACAUUUCUUCUCUCUCUCUCUCUCUCUCUCAUCUUCCAUAAUUCUGAACCUGAAAUCCUGAAAACCCUAAUUCCAGAUGGAGACACGGAGAAAACUGAGGCAGAGAGGGAAGGGAAGAGAAAUGCCAGAUUUCCCGUUAGAUUUGAUCGUCGACAUACUCUUGCGGCUUCCCGUGAAACCGCUUUUGCGUUUCAGGUGCGUUUCUAAACCUUUUUGUGCUCUCAUAGACAGUCCCGAUUUCGUCAAAUCGCAUCUCAAGCGAUCAACCCAAACCAGAAACCAUCUCACCCUCAUACUCUGGGAUUAUGAUAAUAGAGUCUCAUCUUCCGUGACUUUCGAUUCGCUGGAUAAUGCCGUCGAACUCGACCACCCUUUGGGGUCCAGUCAUUGGCCCACUCGAAUUGUGGGUUCUUGUCAUGGAUUGAUUGGUUUGCGUAACCGUGAAGAUGUUAUUCUUGCUAUUUGGAACCCAUCGACCCGAAGGUGCCAAGAGUUACCAUUUACAAUGACUCAUUACCCUGUCUAUCAUGUCUAUGCCCAGCAUGAGAUGCACGGUUUUGGGUACGACUCCAUUACUGAUGAUUAUAAGAUGGUGAGGUUUGUUCAGUUUUUUGAAUUUGGUACAGACAAUUUUGUCUCCUCAGUUAAGGUUUACACCAUGAAGUCUAAUUCAUGGCGAAAGAUUCGGGAUUUCCCUUAUUGUCUUUAUUAUGGGCAAGGUUGUGCUGUGCUUGUUGGAAGUGCUUUACACUGGGUAGCGCAUCGAUUGCCGUCGGAUGCUGCUAAAUUUGUUGCUGCUCUUGAUCUAACAACUGAGGACUAUAGAGUGGUGCCGCAACCUGAAUUUUCUGACAAUGCCUUUGACAUGAAUGUAGCAGAGUUGGGAGGGUGUCUAUGCAUACUUUGCGAUUAUGACCAAGUUCGGGUUGAUGUGUGGGUGAUGAAAGAUUGUGGAGUGAAGGAAUCGUGGAGCAAACUGGUUUCUGUAGCACAACCAGAAGUGAUUCCUUCGUUUGAAUCUGUGAUUCCUGUGGCUUAUUCAAAGAGUGGUUGUGAAGUCCUACUGGUUCAAGACAAUACAAAGCUUGUUUGGUAUGAUCUCGAGCAUAAAACAAUUAAAAAGAUCAAGACUCGUGGUCGUAUAACGGAUGGUUUUGAGUCAUUUGUCUGUGUGGAAAGCCUUGUUCCACUUAAUGGACGAUGCGUUGUACCCAAUGAAGGUGGUGAAACUUAUGCCACAGAUUAGCACGAUUAAAGGAAGGAGAGAAUACACCAAAUAAGAAGGGUAACCAGAGGUUUUUUGUAUGAGCACUGGCAUGAUGGUUCGAUUAGAUAAGUGGGCAUGUCAACGAGUACUGAGUAUCAGAGACUCAAAGAAAAGAAAGAAGACCAAUAUACUGGUAUGUCAUACAGAUAACCUGUAUGUAUGCGCGACUAGAGUACAAUAGGGAACUCUAGCAGCUGACGUAUCCAUUUUUUGUUUAAUGAUAAUUAUGGUUUAUGAAUACUUCUCUUAAUGUACUUUAUGUUAAAGUAAACAAUAGCAUCUUUUGGCAUGUAAUGGAUCCCUUCUUGUGUAAUGAAAUUUGUUGGGGAUUCAGUUUAA